GGCGAAGUGGAGUGAGCCCCGAAAACGUCAACAAAUGCAGAACGUAAACAAACGAGAUGGCUGACAUUCCUGGCCCAUCGAACCUUGUCUUGCAAGAAAAUGUGGAAAAUAAGGAAAAUAUGGACCUGGAAUUCGAGCCUGAGAAAAAGAAAGCAAAAUUAGAUAUUCCAUCAACAGAAAAAGAUCAAAGAUUAGAAGAUCGCCUGAGCGGAAUUCUUUGCUGCGCAGUUUGUCUGGACCUGCCACGAAUAUGUUUCCAGUGUACCAAUGGCCACCUGAUGUGUGCUGGUUGUUUCAACCAUCUCCUUGCUGAUGGACGCCUGAAGGACGAGACCUCUACAUGUCCCAACUGUCGCUGUGAGAUCAGCAAGUCAUCCUGUACCCGCAACCUGGCUGUAGAGAAAGCCGUAUCAGAGCUGCCCAGUACCUGUCAGUUCUGCGCCUGCCUGCUUCCACGUAAUCUACUCAACCAUCAUGAGCGGGAGCUGUGUCAGGAGAGGCUGUCAACAUGUAAAUACUCACGCAUCGGUUGUCCGUGGAAAGGCCCCUAUCACGAGCUGAAAGAGCAUGAGAAGGGCUGUCACCAUCCCAACAAGUCAGGAGACGACAUCAUGGCGGCUGUGGCCUGCAUAGAUCAGCAGGUUAAGGACGAGACACAGCUCUACAGCAGGAUCUUCUCUCUCCUCUCGUGUGAAAAGAUUACCUUCAAUGAUCUACAACUGAAGCCAUACAGAACUGACGACUUCAUAACAAAGUUGUUCUACGAGACGAGUCGCUUCUCAGCAUUUAAUCACCAGUGGGUGAUCAAGGCCCGCAUCAAUAAUGACCAGAAGAAUCCCGCAUUGACCACUGAACGGAGCAUGUCUUAUCAGCUGGUCCUCAAGGGCAAGGCAAGCCAGCCAAUCACUGUCAGCUUCAUCGCUCUCAAGGGACCAUACGGGGAGAUGCUCAUGAACCCAGUUGUGUACAGUCAGGAGUUUUCCAAUGAAAACCCAGAGACAGAGUAUAAUAAUCUGCCGAUACACAACUCAAUGGAGUGUAACAAGCUGCUGGCUUCUAAAACCAUAAACAUGCGACUCAUAAUGGUGCUCAGUAGCUCCUCAUAAUAUCACUAUACACAUUUUAAUGUUUCUACAUUUUGUUCCAAUAUUCUUUUGCGAUUCCUAUUACUUUCACUCGAGCAAGUCUAUAUCUGACCCCAGUGUACCAUUACCUGAGGAAUUUCUUUUCAUCAGGCCUUUGCUUGCAGCAAAUCAUUUUGUUUUAUUUAACAUUGAAAUAAUCAUCCAUAUUUAAAUUCAUAGAGAAUGUUUGUAAUCUAGUAAAAUUUUAAGUGAUUAAACGAUAUCUUUUUAUGAUGAAGAUGAAAAAGAAGUAGGUUUAGAUGUAUUGUGGGUGAUGAAGAGGAAGUAGGUUUAGAUGUAUUGUGGGUGAUGAAGAGGAAGUAGGUUUAGAUGUAUUGUAAGAGAUGAAGAGAAAGUAGGUUUAGAUGUAUUGUGGGAGAUGAUGAGGAAGUAGGUUUAGAUGAAUUGUGGGUGAAGAGGAAGCAGGUUUAGAUGUAUUGUGGGAGAUGAAGAGGAAGUAGGUUUAGAUGUAUUGUGGGUGAUGAAGAGGAAGCAGGUUUAGAUGUAUUACGGGAGAUGAAGAGAAAGUAGGUUUAGAUGUACAUGUAUUGUGGGAGAUGAAGAGGAAGCAGGUUUAGAUGUAUUGUGGGAGAUGAAGAGAAAGCAAGUUUAGAUGUAUUGUGGGAGAUGAAGAGGAAGUAGGUUUAGAUGUAUUGUGGGAGAUGAAGAGAAAGCAGGUUUACAUGUAUUGUGGGAGAUGAAGAGGAAGUAGGUUUAGAUGUAUUGUGGGUGAUGAAGAGGAAGUAGGUUUAGAUGUAUUGUAAGAGAUGAAGAGAAAGCAAGUUUAGUUGUAUUGUGGAAGAUGAAGCAGGUUUAGAUGUAUUGUGGGUGAUGAAGAGAAAGCAGGUUCAGAUGUAUUGUGGGAGAUGAAGAGGAAGUAGGUUUAGAUGUAUUGUGGGAGAUGAAGAGAAAGCAGGUUUAGAUGUAUUCUGGGGCCAGAUUUGGUUUUACACGAGUAAAUAUAUUUACCUUCCGAACAGAAGUGGCAUUAUUCUUUGUUGCAUUUCAUUUAGAUAUGUUUUUAAUGAUAUGAAAAUGAUGUUUUGAGGAGUGAUUGAGUUGAUGCGGAAACACAAGAGUGUUUUAUUCGUUUACUUAUCGGUCAUUGUUUAUGAGUGUUACCUUGUUAAUCUAUAUUUUGAUAGCAUGAAAAACUGAAAUGAGACUUGGUAGAUUUGCUUGCUUAGGAUCCUUGCAGGAAUGCAUUAGUGUGGUUGUCCAGAGAGCACAGCUUCCUAUGUUGGUAAAUUUUGAUUUUUCAUUCACCAAUGCAAAUAAACAUGAUUUCAAGCAUUUUCUUCGAAGUAACCUGAUUAACAAGGUUUCACUGUCAUUUUUGUUUUUGAACAUCAAAUUUGUAAGUAAAAUAUAACAUAUUACCAGAGAUAUUGCCACGCUAACGUCUUUCAUAGUCAAAGUGUGUAUAACUAGUUCAUUUAUAUGUGUAUUGUGGAAACAUUGUGUUGUUUGUUGGGUUAUAUAAAUAAGUUCAACUAAAAUAUCAAUCAAAUUUUAUUAACAUAAAGAGUUUUAUAUGGGUUGAAAAUCUAACUUGAUCUGGUAGGCUUACCUACUUGUAUGUAGAUUGGUACCUCAAGAAAAAUAUAUGUAUACUUAAGUUUCUUUGACUACAGGUGUUUUUUAAUUUUUUUCUAGAAAAUGAAAUGUGGUGGGUUUUUGAAAGAUAGCGUCAUGUUUGUAUGUUAUUGAAGUAGUGUAUUGUUUAUACUCUCAAUAUUUGUUAUCUUUUUACAUUAGAGAAGCAUUUAAACUUCGUUUUCUUAUAUUCUCAGUUUUAUCUGAUUUUGAAUCUGCCUGAUCCACUACUGUUGUAUAAGUGUGGAUAUUACUGCCAACUGUAAUUAACACUGAACUCAUGUAACAUUACAGUAGACCCUGUAUUGUAAAUAAAGCCUAUUUAAGUACAUAGCUUUUAAGAUAUUGCUUGUAUUAGAGUAGCCAGAAAUACUUGACAGUAGAUUCCCCCCCAAGUGUUGCCUACCAAUGUUGUAGAUCUACCCUUAUCCUGUGAUCUAUUAUGGAGAAAAAAUACAGCAGUUUUAUCAUGCCAUAUGGGAAUCAAAGUUUGAAUUUUAACUAUUUCGGAAAAUUUAAUACAAAUUUGUGUUAUAUUAAAGUUUGGGAAUUAAAGUGUUUCUAGAGGAAGACUGGCCCAAUAUGUUUCCAUAAAGGGGACUCAACAUAUAGAAUAUGAUGUAAAUAGUUUUACGUAGUAUUUACCAUAGAUUGAUCGUAGGUGUGUAUUGUUGAAUACCUCUGUUGGUUGUCCGAUUGUUACAAAGGUAAGAUGUCUCUGUCAGUUUUCAAAUAUUUUUAAAUUGUCUAAUGCACAGCUACCUUGCAUGGAUUUCCAACCCCGCAGUCUAAAUAUGUAUAUUGUACGUAUCAAAGUAUAGUGUACAUAUGUAGAAUGUGGGAUUUGAAAUCUGUGUCUCUGUAGUCAAGUGUACAGCAAAUUGAGUCUGUAAUGCUGAAUAAAGUUUGUCAACCAAGUUUUAGAAUUGUGCUCAAUAUUGCUGUUAGUAAAUGAAACAUUUACAGGUCAACAUCACGUAAGAGUUAAAACAAAUGACCACUACUACAGGAGUGGAACAGUUAUUAAGCUUCUAGGUUUCAUUAAAUACAAAAACAAUUAUUUUAAUGUCCCGACAUUAAUGACAAUAAUUCCACUGAAGUUGUCAAGGUGAGAGACAGAACCAAUAUUGUACAAUGCCUGACAGUUGUAGACAGGUGAGAGACAGAACCUAUAUUGUACAAUGCCUGACAGUUGUAGACAGGUGAGAGACAGAACCAAUAUUGUACAAUGCCUGACAGUUGUAGUAUAAAUAAACAUAUCCAGCUGAAA